AUGACAUCGGAGUUACGCUCGUCACAGCGCACCGUGAAAUCUUGCACUUUCUGCGCGAGGCGCAAGGUGAAAUGUGACAAGAACCUGCCAUGCCGCAAUUGCCGGGUCCGGGGCCAGGCCGAAUCUUGCGCCGCUGAGCUUGUUCGAGUGAAAGGCCGCCCGCCGUCGGCGGAGGAUGCUCAGCCAACCUAUGCCGAACUACUUGAUGAAAACCGCGCUCUCCGAGAGGAGUUGGCGUCUUUGAAGGCAGACCCUGUGCAGAGGCCGGCGCGUCCGGGGAGGUGCAUUCGGCUGCAUAAGAUCGAUGACCUCGAGAACUCACUAUACAACCGUCUUAGGAGCCACUCACGGGAGUUGACAGUCAAGAGGAAUGAGGACGUCGUGCUGCCCUCAAAGCAACUUAGCCAGUCCAUUCUGACUCACGGCGCCAACUGGGUUCCCUGGGUCAACUGCUCCUUGAACCCUGCGGAAUUCCAAGAAGCCCACGACAAGUUUUUCACGGAGCUUGGUGAGGCAGGCUUCCACGAAAAUAGUGAUCCAGCAUGGCUAGGAUUGUACUUCGCGUACCUAACGGCAGGUCUAGUCUGCGAGGCAGCUUCAGGGGUUUCAGUGCUUUUCCUCACUCUGCCCGAAGCCGAGUCGAUAGGGGUAUCUAAGGAUCAGCUGGAACAGUACCGAGCCAACUGGUUCGAUGCAUCCGUCUUCUUCCUUCACGCUGCAGACUUCAUCAGGAAUCCCAGGUUGAUCAACGUUCGAACCAUCGUACUCUUGGGCGGCUCCUACGUGCACUUCGGCGAACUCAACAUGUACUACGUCUUGUGGUCUUGUGCCGCCCGCAUUUGCCACAGUCUCGGCCUUGAUCAGAAUAUGAACGGAGGGAUGUCGCUCGAAAGCCAAUACCAAAGCCGCUUGUUCUGGUCGCUCAUCGCAAAUGACUGGUUAAAUUUGCCGCUCGGGCAUAGCUGUAUCGAUGAAUUAGAAUUCGCGGUCGAUCAACCAUUGGAGCUGGACGACGUCGAGGUUUCACUCGGCGUCAAUCUAGAGGGAUUCACCCCCGCUCUCCGUCCAGUACAGCACUUGAUAGCGCUCUGCAAGCUUGCUUCGGUUCUUCGUCGGUUUCAAACCCGCCUUUUGAACGUCUUGGAUGAGCCCGGAAUUUCGGCAAUCGUCAUCGAGGCCAAUGACCAGCUCACUGCCGUCAUAACUCAGUUACCCGCCCAUCUUCGAUCACCUAGAGGAUCCGUGGCAUUCCAUGCCGUCUGCGGCAGUGAGGAGGAGUGGGUGAGGUGGCAACGAAACAAUAUCAGGCUGUUGUGCAACUACUACCGUAUCGUUAUAAACCGCACGAUCCAAGAGGACAAGGCCGGGGACAGAGCGCAGUACACAACAGCGAUCAAACGCUGCCUCGAUGCUGCCCAUGAAAUACACGACAUAAUCAUAGAGAUGGAUUCGGAUCCGCCUCGACAUUUCAUCUGGUGA